AUGGAGUAUAGACCACCUGUAUAACCAAAUAGAGAUAUUCCUUUAACAAUAGCAUAAAUUUAAUAAGAAUAAAGAAUGAAAUUUCAAUUAUAACAAAUUCAAUCUAAAAUUAUUCAAGAAAGACCUAAUUUUUAAGAAAUGUAAGGUGGAUAACCUCCUAAUAAACCAUGGUUAGGUGAAGAUAUUUAUAUGGUUGUAUUUCUACUUACUGUUGAAAAUGAUAGAUUAAGAGAAGAAAAUGCUUAAAUUCAAUAAUUACUCAAUACUAGUGAAAUUAGAUUUAAAGGAGUAGAUUUAGUUGAAAAUGAAGUUAUAUCAUAAAGAAUUAAAAUUGGAGAGUAUGAAAAAAAACUUGCACUUUUAUAAAUGGAAUGUGAAUAAUGGAGAGUUAAAUAUUAAAAUAGAGAUAAAGAAAAUGAGGAUUAAAGAUAUUAAAAUGAACUUUCAAAAAGAAUUUAAAUUGAUAGAGAAAUACGAGAACUUACUGCUAGAUUUAUUUCGGAUAGAAAUUAAUUAGAAUAAGAAAAUAGAUCAUUAAGAAUUGAAUUAGAUUAAAUUAAAUUAACUAAAUAUUCUUUUGAUGAUCAUAAAAAGUAAGCUGAUUCUUUAACUAAAGAAAAUCAAAAACUUAAAUAAGAAUUAGAUACUCUUAAGUAUAUUAUUAUAUUUUAUUUCUUAUAGAAAAGGUUUUGAUGAAUUAGAAUAUGUUUUAUAAAGUGCUUCUGAUUUAGAAUUGGAGAACUAAAACCUUAAAAUACAAAUUGAAACACUUUAAAAAUAAUUUUAAUCAUUACAAUAAUAAUAAUAACAAUAAUAAUCUUAAAUCAUUUAAAGACCAUAAUCAUCUAAUCGACUUGAAUAAUGUAAUCAAAUCAAUUAUUUACUAUAGCCAAUUCUAACUACAAUGUUUUACAAGAAAAUAAGAGAUUAAAAGAUGAAAAUGAUAGAUUAAGAACAUUACUCAAUUUAGGAACUGGUACCUAUUCAAAACCAUUUAUGUGA